UAGUAGCCAUCCAUUGGUUCCAAAUCGUGAUUGCAGAGUGUGAACACAUACAACAGUAGAUAUAGCACGAGCAACUAUUUUCUGCUCCAUCAAACACGCAAUAAAUAUAUAUAUAUAUAUAUCCAUUUCCGACGUAAACAUCCGACCUAAAUCCAAUUCGCUUGAAAGCUGUGAAUCCAUGUCAAAAUCGCUUGGUUCACGUCUGCAUUCCCCUGCUCUUGACCCAUGCUAUGGUACAAUUCCUUGAAGUCCAAUAGAUCCUUCUUGGCGCACGUGAGGCCCAAGAAGAAGUUGUGAAUGUCCACCGUCGGCUUUUUAGAGUCCAACUUGCCGUUCAGCAAGAGCAGCGGUACAUGCAGCGAGUGCUUGGUAAAGUCCAGUUCCUUGAACGCUUCGUCCGUGGGGUCGCUCACUUCGCUCUUGUUUUCCUCCUCAGUGAACGUUCGCUCGGUAGUGUCAGUGAAGUCGUUGCCCAUGUGGUCCUUAGACCGCGGUAGGAGUCUGUCGCGAAAAGACGCAAAUGUCGGCCGCGUGGUCGGAAGAAACGACCGCCACUGGCUCGAUAUGGUCGUCGUAAUGCUGGCCAUGAUGCCAACGGGCGGGAUCAAGUCGGGCGCCGUGACGAUGAUUCCUUUCCAAGGAAACUCGGAAAGGAUCCCGGUGUGCGCUGCCAUAACCCCGCCGUAGUACACCCCGCACAAGAAAUAGUCCACUUGGUGGUCGCCCAUGCGCUGGGCUACACCCAGAGCGAAUUGAUGCACGUCGUCCACGUACUGGGUGACGCCACACGCGUUGGGCGCUGGAAAUAGCGACAUGUUGGACGCUUGCUUUUGGAAGUUCACUUCAGGGUUCGGGUGCCUGUACAUGGCAGUGGAUUCCGACGCGCCAGCGGCCGCUGUGCUCGCCAACGGGCUUUGCUCCAGUGCAAACACGGCGAUUUGCUGUGCCGCUAAGUACUUGAACAAGCCUUCGUACCGCAGGCAGCUCUCGUCCAAGCCUGGCAGGAACACAACCACCGCCAGUGGAUCCUUUGGGACGUAGGAACAGCAGUGGAGAUGCUGUUGUCGAGCAUUCGUGACGAUUGCUUUGCCCUGGGAGAAACUCACGUGUCGUUGCUGGAGCAUGACCAAUGUAGAAUGAAUUCUCU